CCGCAGGUCCUGUAGUGCGCUGUCCGCGGUGCUGAAGACCCCCAGACUGUCAUCCUCACUCUCAGCUCAUCCUGCAGAGGGGGAUCUGCUCAGUGUGUUAUCAGGGUCUGCUCACACAUGGCGCGGAUCCUGCAGUACCCGGAUGGCAGUAACGCAGGGGAGGUGGUAAACAGUAGUGAGCUGAAACUGGGCCCUGGAGCAGCUCUGAAUAACCUCAGGUAUCAGUGGUGAUGGAUGGACAGAGGAAAGGGAAUGUGUGUAACGGUGUUCCAGAGCGGCGCUCCGUGGUCCUGGUAUCGGAAGCUCAUGGGCAGCAGAUACUGAGCGUGCUCCGUGGGUUCCGCUCCAGAGGCGUGCUGUUUGACUUCAGCAUUCGUGUUCAAAAUGAGACACUGCCGUGCCAUCGCUGCGUCCUCGCCGCCUGCAGCGACUUCUUCAGGGCCAUGUUUGAAGUGAACAUGCGUGAACGUGAUGAUGGCACAGUUACACUAAGCAAUCUGUCCGCUCCAGCUGUGCGCACCUUCCUGGACUUUGCGUACUCUGGUGAGAUUGAGAUUGUGGAGGAGAAUGUGGACAUGCUCUUCCAGCUCGCUUCCUUUCUGCAGGUGGGCACACUCUCUCGUGCUUGCAGCGACUUCUUGAUCCAAACCCUGCAUCUUUCUAAUUGCCUUCACCUCCUGGCCAUUGCUGAAGGCUAUGGAUCACCUCACCUCCUGCGUCGCUCCACUGAGUUUGUCAUGGCUCAUUUCUACAUGCUCUCCUGCAGCUCAGACUUUCUGGAGAUGCCGGCUCAGGUACUGGAGCGCUGCCUGUCUGCUGAUUCCCUCAGCAUCCCGGAUGAGGAGAGUGCGCUGCGUUCCCUGCUUCGGUGGAUAAAACAUGACCCGCUAAAACGAAGCCAAAUGCUUCCAGAGUUUCUCACCCAUGUUAGACUCCACCAGCUUCCUCCUGCUCUCCUGGAGGAGGUGAGCCGGUCCGAGCAUCUGCUUUUAAAUGACCAACAGUGUUCCCAAAAGAUAAAGGAAGCAUUUGAACAGGCAAAGAAGUUUAGUGGCCUCUUUCCAGAUGCUCGUCCGUCCACUACUUCCAGCUACAUCUAUGUGCACAAGACAGAAGAAGAUGGCUUGACCCGCCAUGCUUUCUGCUACGAUGUGGAAGCUGACCGUUGGCGCGAGCUGCCCCAGGAUGCUGCAAGACUUGCUGACUUGCCAGGCUCAUCUCUGGCUGGCUUUGCAGAGAAGCUGUUUGUGACCGGAGGCUGUCGGGGAAACUGUUGCCGGACUGUGCGACUGCAUAUUGCAGAACCUCAUCAUGAAGCUACGAACGAGGUCUGGUGCUACUGUCCUGUCACGGGUAGCUUAGUCCAAGCCCCAGCCAUGAGAAAAGACCGUACGAUGCAUGCUUCGGUCUGUACAUUGAGGCGUCUCUACGUGAUCGGUGGAAAAACUUGUGGACCCUCUCACAAUGUCCAAAGCCUUCCAGAUGUAGAGUACUACGACCCACUGCUGCGUUCCUGGAAGUCAGUCAGUCCUCUACCACGACGGAUCUACUUUCCAGAGGUAGCUGCAUGUGGAAGCAUAGUCUACGCUCUUGGCUCAGAGCUGGAGAUGUCCGAAGCCUUCAACCCAUCACUGGACUGCUUCUUUCGCUACGAUGCAAUCGCUGACCAGUGGUGCCAGCUAGUGGCUGAAUUUGGACAGUUCUUCCAUGCCACUCUCGUCAAGGCCGUGGCCAUUAACAAAACCCUGUACCUGUGUGACCUGUCCACCUACAAAGUGUACAGCUUCUGCCCCGAAACUUGCGUGUGGAAGGGGGAGGGCUCGUUCGAGUGUGCUGGCUUUAAUGCCGGGGCCAUAGGUGUGCGGGACAGGAUCUACAUCCUGGGUAGCGACUACUCUCCAGACGAGGUCACAGACGAGGUGCAGGUAUAUCACAGUGGACGCUCCGAGUGGGAGGAGGUGGCAUCCAUGCCCAGGGCUCUCACUGAGUUCCACUGCCAGGCACUCAGCUUCAACCGCUAUAGAGACCCCUGGAGGUCAGAGCCAACUGAAACACUGUGAACAAAGUCAGGAAUAUUAUCUGGUCGCAUAGAAGACUACAAUCGAUCAAGCACUACAAUCCUAAUAACAGGAAAAGCAUGCAUGUUUUGCACACACAUACUUAAACACGUAGCCUACAUAACAUAAAUUCUAGGUCAUGACAACAAUAUGUUUUUUAUUCAAAUGAAAACACUAACCUCCCUUGCUAAGAAAAGGCUUUGUAAAAGAUCGGGGAGGCCAGAUGUGUAAUGUUUUUGGAAUACAAACCAAAAACAGCAUAAAUAUAGAUAUAUACACACACACAGUACUUAGAAUAGUUUGGGUUCCUGAGUGGCUAAACCAUCAAUGAAAUCAAUGAAUGCUUAUACAUGCACUUUAUAAUAGAUUUUCUGCAGUGGUCAUAUAAACCACAUAGUCAGAUUUCUUAGAUUGAAAUAUCUAUAAACUAGAUUUUAAAAAUCUGAUUAAAUGAAUUGGAUUUUAGCUCAGUAAUCAGGUAUCACAGUGCAUGUAAACCUUAACCAGAGUAUUCUGUGAUUUCUCAGUCUGUGCAUGAGUGAAAAUAGACCCUGGUAGCAGAAAUAAAGGAUCAUUGUUUAAUAUAGCACCCAAAGGAUUAGGACAAAUUACUUUGAGAGCAAUGCUAAAACCAAUUUAGCUGAUGUAAGAUCUUAUUGUAGCCCAUUGUGUAAGAAAAGAGCUGCAGCAUUAAGUUUUAAGGUCUUAUUCUGUGGGUUCAAUGGCUUGUUGCAAAGCAAAAAUCUGAUUAUUUCCUGAUUCAUGAAAGGAACCAGUUUAUGAUUACCCAAGUCCACAUGUACACGUUAAUUAAAUUACUUAAAUAAAAAAAACUAUAUUUAAAAAAUAAGGCAACUAAGGCAAGUUUGUGCACCUUCACAGCUAUUAAAUAAUAGGUAUGAAGCUGUAAUGAAAAAGCACUUUAUGUAAAGCACUUUAAUGUCUUUAAUGUAACUUGAGUAAAAUGUAAUUUAUAUGCUACAUAGCCAUAAGUACAAAAGUUGGGUGUGGAUACCAUUGCAUAUAAGACUACAACUUAAGAAGGCAGCCUAUACCACCAGUCACCAGCAGAGGGCAAGCAAGUAAGCAGCAGAGUGGUAGAACUGGUGGGUAUGGGGCAAAAUACUCCAAACCCCAGAAUCCUCAGCAGCAAUCAGCGCUGACAAGCCAAGACAAGACAAGACAAGACAAGACAUUGAGAACAAAAAGAGAACACAGAGUCUACCAAAGACAAACAAAAAAAGCUGUUUUUUAUGUUAAAUUAAACAUCCUGGUCUUUA